CAUGAGGCAGCGCGCUUCGUUAUAUGCUCUGCACUCGCUGGGGCGCUCAUUGCGCGCUGAAAAUCUCAGGGGCAUCCGUUGUUGCUGUGGCGGUCGCCUAGUAUUUUCGCGCUCCUCCCUUUCCUCCUCCUCUUUCUCCUCCUCCUCUGAGCCCCAGUCAGGCCGAUCUGCACUGCUCUAGUUAAAUUUUCUAGUCCAGUCUUGAUUUUUCAGUCCAGCGUUUUACUCUGCACCGUUGUCUUUUUUAGAAGGAAAGAGAAAGGUGACUCUGCAACUUGAUGGAUGACGACAACUCUUUUCAACAAAAAAAUAAUUCAAAAAUGGCAGAACUCUUCAUGGAAUGUGAAGAAGAAGAGCUGGAACCAUGGCAGAAGAAAGUAGAAGAAGCUCGGAAUGAAGAUGAUGAUGAUGAGCUGAUCUUUGUUGGAGAGAUAUCAAGUUCAAAACCAGCCAUUUCAAAUAUUUUGAACAGAGGUAAUUCCAGCUCAUCUUCAAAGGGAAUGAAAAAUGACUCACUCAGUUCAGGUAUUCCUGGUUUAUUCAAGUCUACAAGUCAACACUACAAAGACCCAGCAUCAAAUCCAGUGACUGCCUUGCCUAGAUUUCAUCCUGAAUCUAAGUCUUCACAGAGCUCUGCUGUUGUUCAGAAUACAUCUAAACCUGAUUUUUCAAAGAAUUCGUCACAAGUUGAAUCAGAUGAUUCUUCAGUCUUAUUGUUUGGCUCGACCCAGGAUACAACACCACUGUCCCCAGCAAAAGCCAUCGAAAGUGUUUCUGAAAUAAAUCCCUCAUCUUCAUUGUCUUUAAAUAAUUCCCCUUCAGAGGCAUCUUCCCAGGUUAUGGUAUCAACAACAACAGGUUCAAAUACCUCAACUCAAAAUAAAACUGGAGUACCUUUCCUAAGAUCUUGUCCAAAGUGCAAUAUUCAAUUCAGUCUUUUGGAUCCUUUGAAAUACCACAUGAAGCGUUGUUGCCCGGACAUGAUAAAUAACUUAAUGGAAAGUGUUAAAACAGAACUUUCAUGUGCCGAAGACAAAACUAAUACUGGUUCAGAGAAAGGAAAAUUGAUCAUGUUAGUUAGUGACUUUUAUUAUGGAAGACAUGAAGGAGCCAUGGAAGAAGAACCGAAGACUUACACAACCUUUAAAUGCUUCAGUUGCUUGAAAGUUCUUAAAAAUAAUAUUAGGUUCAUGAACCAUAUGAAGCACCAUUUGGAACUCGAGAAGCAGAACAGUGAGAGCUGGGAAAACCACACCACCUGCCAGCACUGCUACAGGCAGUAUCCCACGCCCUUCCAGUUGCAGUGCCACAUUGAGAGUACUCACACUCCCCAUGAGUUUUCUACCAUUUGCAAAAUCUGUGAAUUGUCAUUUGAAACAGAGCAUAUUCUUUUACAACAUAUGAAGGAUACUCAUAAACCCGGUGAAAUGCCAUAUAUUUGCCAGGUUUGCCAGUUUAGAUCUUCAACAUUUUCUGAUGUAGAAACUCAUUUUAGAGCAUCCCAUGAAAACACGAAGAACUUGCUGUGUCCAUUCUGCCUCAAAGUUAGUAGAAUGGCAACCCCCUAUAUGAAUCAUUACAUGAAACAUCAGAAAAAAGGAAUUCAUCGUUGUACAAAAUGCAGGCUACAAUUUUUGACCUGCAAGGAGAAAACAGAUCAUAAGACCCAGCAUCGUACAUUUAUAAAGCCUAAAGAACUGGAAGGAUUGCCUCCUGGAACAAAAGUUACUAUUCGAGCUUCAUUUGGACCUCUUCAGCCAAGACCAUCAAGUACACCAUCCAAUUGUGCUCCAAGUACUUCUUCUCUUCAAGUCUUACCUCCAAAGUCUAAAAGCACAACUGCUAAAAAUCUCACAAAAUCUAAUGCAAGUAAAUCUAAGACAAGUAAGCCUAAUGCAGCUGCCUCUGCUGCAAGUAAACCCAACACAAGUAAACAGAGUGGAGGUGGAGUUACAACUAAAAGCAAAGCCAAACACUCUUACAAGCAGAAAAGACAACGCAACCGAAAAAAUAAAAUCAGCAUAGCUUUGAAAAACUUAAGGUGUCGUCGGGGAAUUCACAAGUGCAUUGAAUGUCAUUCCAAAAUAAAGGACUUUGCAAGCCACUUUUCUAUAUAUAUCCACUGUAAUUUUUGCAAAUACAACACUAACUGUAACAAAGCCUUUAUAAAUCAUAUGAUGAGUUCUCAUAGCAACCACCCAAGUAAACGGUUUUAUAUUUUCAAGAAGCAUUCAGGAAUUCUCAGGGGCAUUACUCUUGUGUGCCUUAAGUGUGAUUUCCUAACUGAUUCUUCUGGCUUAGACCGUAUGGCUAAACACUUAAGUCAACGUAAAACUCAUACUUGCCAAGUUGUAAUAGAGAAUGUUUCCGAAAGUACCUCAACUUCUGAACCCACUUCUGACGGCUUGUUGAAAUAGAUUCCUGCUCUAUGGAGCUCGUGCAACCUGGUGCAAGACAAGUUGGAAUUUCCUAAGUUCAAAGUUCUGAAGUGUUUUCUUACACAAAGGCAGUUUCCUAAGUUCAAAGUUCUGAAGUGUUUUCUCACAUGAAGGUGGUUAAACAAAGUUCAUGACAUUCAGCUCUUUUCAGCUUUCAGAUGGCACUAGAUUCUUAUUCCACCUUAUCUUUGUGUCAGGUUAACAUGUCCUAACGUGUGUUUUUUUUUCCUCUAGUUGACUUUCUCCAAAAAUAACUUUUGUUGUUAUGAUCUUUUCUUGCUUUGCUUAAAAUAAUUUGUGUUUUUUUCUCCUGUACUUGCCUUCUGAAUAUUACAUUCCAAAUGACAUGGCUGUUCAUCUUUUUUGUCUGUUUUGUCUGCUUUCUUAAUUUCUUAUAAGUCUUACAUUUUUAGGUCAGAUAGAUGUUUUUUCCCUCAUUCUUUUGUCUGUCAUUGUUCUAUUUUUUUUCCUAUUUUUCAGAUGCAGAAGCAACACAGAAAUUUCAAAAAAUGUCCAGUGUACUCCUGGACAGUGUCCCCCUUCGACGGACACAACUGAUGCCUGUUCUGUCUUUCCAAGGAAUGUGAAUUAUUUGACUGUGAGACUUCUUCUAGUUUGUGGCCUUAAGGAAUCAGAUCUUGGGGAGAGUCCCUUCCUACCUGACUGGCCUCCCAUAAUGCUGAUGCUGAUUUGGCCAGAGAUGACCUCAAGGCCCACCAAAUUGAGCACAACUCCCCACUGGGGGCUUUCAUUCUUGAUCUUAAGCUUAUGGGUUGAUUCUAACCAAGAAAAGCCCAUCAAAUCAGUGCUUCAACAUCCAAGUUGAAGUUGAAUCAUUUUGGCUGCUGCCCUUUAAUCUUCCUAUAGCAUGCAUGCAGUCUAAAGAAAAUGAAAUUUCUGUUGUAUAGAGAACCAAGAUUACUUUUAUGUUUUUGGAAAAGUGAACUUUAAAUUUACAGUUCCAAAGUAACAACUAUUCACAUUGUCAUUUAAAGUUUUAUCCAGUAUUAAUCCUAGGAGUUUUCAGCAAUACUAAUAUAUAGAUUUUUUAAUUUAAUUUUUUUCAUUAAAUUUUAGUAGCUUGGUGUUAUGUUGUUCUUCAUCAAGUUUAUUGAUGUCCGUUUUGUUAUGUCUAUUUUUGUACUCUUCUCUUUAAAGCUUUUGUUUUGUGUUUGUUUUGUUUUUGUUAAGAACUCCAAUAAUUUUCUUUAUAAUUCUCCACAGAUUUCAUGUGGCUACCAACUGGUAGCUUCUUAAUUUUGAUACUUGUUCAGCUCAUUAGACAUUAUUACAUGCUCUAUCUUGGGACUUUCAUUAACAUCUUGGGGAUUGUGAGUUCAAAGACAUAAAGAAUUGGCAAAAACUCCUCUUUCAGACCUUAAAACAAAUUUUAAAGUUACAUUUCUGAUUAUCUAAUACAUAAUAUCUUCUUAGCCAUUAAUGUAAUUCCUUUGGAUAAAGAUAAUAUAUUCAAAAAUAUUGGGACCAAAAAAUGCACUUGUUUCUUGCCCAUAUAUAUAUAUAUAGAUGUAUAUUUUUUUUAAUUUGGUGUUUGUUUAUUUUGGUUACAUUGAAUAUAGAUUUGCUGAACAGUUUUGAUGUUACUUAUUUUUUUAAUAAAAUUUGUAUUGUUAAAGGGC